UCCUCCCUAUUUUUUCCCUAUUCAUAAUACUUUACAACACAAUAUCUAACUGCAAUUUGUGUGCAUCCAAACAAUAUUUUAGUAAAUUUCGCAGUAUGUUGGACGCAGAGGAGGAAUCAAGCACAUGUGCCAUCUGCUUUGAUGCUUUCUUGCAGCCAAAGCUUCUUUCCUGUCGUCACACCUUCUGCAAGCCGUGUCUAUUCGAUUACACGAAAAAAGUGGAAGUGGACGAAAUUGUCUGUCCGCUAUGUCGACAAAAGCAGUGCUUGGACGACAGAGGUUUAGAUGGACUAAUGGACAAUUACUUCGUGACUUUGAGGCCACCAGAAGUAGCUGUUAUUCAGUGUUGUGAUAUCUGUUUUGAAGAGGCAGAGAUCAACCAAUGCCAUCACUGUACUCAAAAACUGUGCCAUUCCUGCAAAUCAUCUCAUAAUCUUGCGCUAAAAAUGUCGGGCGAAAAAACAGGAUCUGGUCUAAACUCCGAGGACUCUGAAGGAAGUGACUAUUCGGAAGAUAGUCAACUUUUGUCGAUGCACCACAUUUUGCACACCGUAGACUUUUCACCAAAAACCAGAUCAAUUGCAGAGUUUGUUUCUUCUUUUAAAGUGCCUUUCAGUUCUCGGGAUGGACAUCCAAAGGUUUCGUGCAUUUUUCCAAAAUCGAGAGACACUUGCCUAAUUAUUAUGGGCCUAGGACCCGAAAUGAUUGAAUGCUCACUCAAAGGGAGACCUUUUAUCAGGAAAGUAUUUAGUGAAGGAAUCCACGGAAUAACUAAGACAUUAAACGAUAAAAUUCUGUUUUCAAACGUUAACGAUGGAAGUAUUCUUCAGAUGGUCGAUGAAUCUAGAAUAGCCGUUUUCGCCAAAUGUGACGGAUACAUGCCAGCAUCACUCUCUACCUUUAAGGACGGAAGAAUAGCCGCUGUUGGCGUGCCUAACAGUGACAUGGAGAAUCUUUUCAAAAAUUCGGGAAAUCAUGGAGCUCUUCUGAUAUUUAACACACACGGAAUUUUAUUGAAAGAAAUUUCCAAAGAAAGUAGCGGCUUCUUAUUCAAGGUUCCUUUAUGUGUUUCGGUAAAUCCACAAAACGACACAAUCUGUGUGGGUGAUAGAGAAUGGCGCCAAGUUCUCAUUUUGACAGAGGAAGGCUAUGUUAUUAGAAAGUAUAAAGGUACAACUACAAAUAUUGGUGACAGACAUUUGGGAAUAAGUAUUGGUUUGAAUGUUUUUCUGCCAACGGCUUUAUGCCAUGAUCAAGACGGAAAUCUUGUGAUAGCCAAUAUUGUUGAUGGAACACUCCAUAUUUUACUUCCCAAUGGUGAUUUGUGCGGAUUCAUAACUACAAAACCCAAUAGAGGCUUUGGCCAUCCUACUAGUUUGUGUUUUGAUAGUCAAAAUAGGAUCUGGGUAGGGGAUAACGAUAAUGCAAAAGUAAGAGUAUUUGAAGUCAUGGCAGAACUGGAUGAAGACGACAGGACGUGCUCCAUUUGUUUCGAGGAAUUCCUAGUACCGAAAAUACUGAAUUGCCGCCACACGUUCUGUCAGCCCUGCUUGAAAAGUUAUUUGAAGAAAUCUGAUGAAACCGAAAAAAUAACCUGUCCUCUCUGUAGACAAAAACAAUCGCUCGUGGGGAAAAAUUUGGAUCAGCUGCUGGAUAAUUAUUUUGUAACGCAGAAGCCCCCUGAACCAAAUGAAAAGCUCUGUUGCUUCAUAUGCUUUGAGGAAACGGAAUUGAAAUCGUGUUCUCAUUGUGAUUUAAAACUAUGUCCCAAUUGCAAAGCGUCCCAUAGACUGGCAUUGAAACUCUCUGAUGACAAAUAUCAAGUCAGUUCCGAUUCCGAAUCUGACGUCACGACAGCAGACUUUGAUGACGCAGACGUCACUGAUGAUGCCAUUAUUCCAUUUCAUCUAAAUCUUUCAGGACAGUUCAUUAAAACAAAAUUCAAUGUUAUCCUUCUGUCAUCUUUUCAAGUAUUGUCCUUAGUUUCACCACCGCAGGAUGACCAAAAUAACUUCGUUAGUACUAUUCAUGCCGCUGAUAAUGGUUUGUGCGACAUCAUCACACACCUCGGACCGGAAUCUAUUCUGGUUGACAGCAGUGGAGAGGAACUGCAAAGGGAAUUUUUCGAUAAGGGAAUAUCGGAUAUUACCGACAUUGGAAUUGGAAAGAAAGUGAUCUCCAAUUUUAACUUGAGUUUGCUUUUAGAAGUAGAGAAAGGAAAAGGCGUUCAAUUAUUUUCACAAACAGGAAAAGUGCAACCAACUGCAUUAUGCCAGUUAGACGAUGGGCAGAUCGUUUGCGUUGGUCCACAUAGAAAAUCUGACCACAUGACGGAGAGCAAAGAGAAAUGCAACACAGGUGCUAUGCAGUUUUAUGACAAAUAUGGACAACUUUCGAAAGAGAUUACUGGAAGUGCGACAGAUGGUUAUUUUUCAUACCCUCUCGGAAUGUCACUAAACAAGCGAAAUCACACAAUUUGUGUAACCGAUAGAGAUCGAAGGUGUGUUUACAUUUUCCGCGAAGAUGGAACCUUAACGCACCGUUACACCGGCGGAUCAGAAUCCUCAAGAGGUCUGCUUUUAUUCGACCCUUGCGUCUUUGCUCCUCAUCCAAUCUGCCAUGAUAAUGCAUGUAAUAUCAUUGUUGGAAACCAGGCUGAUGGCUCUGUCCAUGUUUUGGAUCCAGUUGGACAAUUUCUGGGCUAUAUAGUAACGAGAGAUAAGUUAGGCCUCGGCAUGGUCUCAGCAUUGUGUUUUGACAGUGAAGGAAGACUCUGGAUAGGCGAUCAGAAGGACGGCAUGAUCAGGGUUUUGGAAAUAACCAGUUAUAACAACAAUGUACAACCCAAUGAGAGUGCUUCCAGAGGAUGUCUUUUACCGAGCAUCAAUGACUACCUAUUCCAGUAGCUUACAUUCAUACCUGUUCAUUUUCUGUUGUUUUAUCUCUCCCAGGGGGGGAGGGGGGGGGGGGGGCAUUGGAUGGAUAGAUGCUGUGCAAGUAAUUUUGAGAAAAGCAACCCGGGUCUAUAACCGGUGAUUUACAGACAAAUCUUAAAGUUAAAAUAUUGGAAAAUAAUUUUGUUUGUAUUAUUGACAUGCUUUUGUUAAGAAAUUAUGAUUGCAGAAUCACUGUAAAGUGUCGUAUUAAAAUCAGGACAUUUAUAAAUGUAAUUGUUUUUAUAUGUGAUAAAUAAAUGAAACUUAUAUACCAUAA